GAACCAUCAUUACUUAGGUUUACCAUCCGACGACCGCACAUCGCUUGGUUCGGCAUUCGGUUGUGUUUGUUUGAUUAUUUUUUUUUUAUUAGUUGUACAUUUUAUUCGCGGUUUCAGUGUACGUUAAGACAUAUCACCAUAUUUACGAUGGUUUUUAAGUACUCGGCGUUAAUACUGACGACCGCUGUCGUGGUGGCCAUAGCCACGGAACCGCAAUCAUUCAAUUCUCCGGCAAGCGAUGGAGAAGUCACUUGGCAAAAUGUUUUAGAGUGUUUUAAAGCACCGAAUACAGUAGCUAGUUGUUUGGAAACUCGCAUGGAGCGUACAGUGAACGCUUGGCGCGAUACUACGGUACGUAUGGCGCGUAGCGAUCCAGACACAACACCCGAAGAUGUUGCCGGAGUGGGUGAUAUUGUCCAACAAAUUGGUGACCUUAUCACUUACGGAAUAGCACGAAUUUUCCCCGGUGAAGACGAGGAACAAUCACCAUCCACCGGAGAUGCCUUAGAUGCCAUCAACGGAGUCGAUGAAGGAAGAGGACACAAAAAGAAGAAGAUACAAAAAGAAAUAAAAAAAUUCGUUCUUAAAAUAUUGUUUGGAAUCUUCUUGUUCAAACAAAAAAUUAAGAUGAUUAUCAUGAUGAUCCAAUCUAUCUUGAUGAGCAAGUUCUUGAUUGUGGCCAUGAUCUACGCCUUAUCCAACACAUUCAAGAUUUGGUACGAUAUCAAAAAAAGCAAACAUCAACAUCACGACAAAGUUGUCUACUACGAAAACGCUCACCAUCAACAUCACUAUGAGCCACCAGAACAUUCCGAAUACGAAGAUCAUCACGGUUGGGGUGGCGGCGUUUGGGGAAGAAGCAUUGCUGUGACUGAGCCAACUAUAACCGGUCAGAGAUCGAGUGACGAUGUCAAUAGAUUCGUCAGACGUGUUACUAGAAACAAUCCAACUCAAGCUCAGGAUCAAGCUCAAUUUAUGGCUUACAAUGGACAAAGGCAAACAGCAUAAUACUCAAAGUCUAAUAAGUCCUCCCUUUCUAGUGUCGAAUCACUUGGACACUUUAAUAUAAUCAAGGUCCUUCGACAACCCAAAGAAUAAUAUUAUACUUUUUUUAAAUAUUUAUUUGUGUCGUGACCCCACCUUUUAUAUCUAUUUAUUUUUACUUACAACAAAAUUCCUAAAAGCCAUAAUAUAGAUGAAAUUAUCGCCAUCCAUUUAUUCGAGUACGCAUAAUAGUAAAUUUCAUUACUAUUUUCACGUUACGCGAGUAUUAACUAUUACUUUUUUUUACUUACUAUUGAAAAUAUAUGAUAAAUUAUUCAAACAUAUUUUAUUAUUAGUUGUUUUGACAGUAGCAAACAUUUUGUCUGGUCAAUUAGAGAAUAAUUACGCAAUAGUACUGUAAAAUUUUGUACUCCCAUCUUUAAUUAUAUGAAUUUUCGAACUUUCUACUGCGAUUAAAUUUACAGUCAAACUCGGCAAGCCGAGUAAGAUGUAAUUUUUUUGCCAUAAUAAAUCGUGGAGAUUUCAAUCUAACUUGAUUUGCUCAAUAUUUAUAAUAUAUAUUUUGUUAACAGUAAAUGAUUCAUUCGAAAAUUUAGUUUAUAUUUACGCAUACUAUAAAAAAAUUAUAAUUUUGGCAAAUGUGAUAAAACUUAAAAUAAUUUAUUAAAAAAUUACAUUUUUUUCCUAGGUACAAAAUAUGUAGAACUCGUGAAAAUAUGUUCAUUAUUUAUUUUUAUUUAUUUAUAUUAUUUAUGUAUUUAUUAUAAAAUUUUAAUUUGUAAAAUACAGAUUUAAAUUUGUUUAAUCUAUUAAUUAUUUAAAUCUUAGUCACCAUUUUCUUAGUAAUCCUAUUAAUAUCAUGAUAUAUAAUUAUUAUUAUUAUUGAAUAUAUAAAUCUAUACUGUUUGAAUAAUUUCUAUUUAGUUCGAUAAUGUUCCAUUUGGUAAGUUUUCUUUGAUGAAUUAAAUUUAAUAAACAAGUCAGUUUAAUAAAAUGUAUUUAUUAUUAAUUUAUGAUUUUUAAUUUUUAAUAUAAGUUUGGUAAACAAUAUUCAUUAUAAAACCUAAUCAAACAACUAUUAUUGCUUAAGUUUUUUAAUAGAUCAAAAAUAAAAUAUAAUUUUUUUUAAACAUAAUUCUCAACUUUUUGUUUCGAUUUUAAACUUAGAAUAUAUUUAUUAAUAUGAAUUCAUUAUACCGAAUUGAAAUCUAUCUCAUCUGUUAAAAAUUAAGUUGAUUAUUAAUUAAUUAAAAAUUACCGUUUUUUAUUAAUUUUUUCUUUAGUUUAAUUAUAAAUAUAAUAAGAAAUAUGAUAGUAAAAUUAAAUAUUCAUAUUUAUACAAAAUAUGACAUCCGAGAUUAAAGUUCUAGAACAAUUAUUUUAAAAUAUGUAUAAAGUACUUACUUUGUAUAUCAUUAGCUUAAAUUAUUUAUUAUGAAUAAAUAAAAAUAACGAUAAAACACAAAUCUGUGUGUAUACUGAACUACUUAUCCAUUAUUUAAUAAUAUUUACUCGGGUGAAAAAACAUAAAGUAAAACGAAAGAUGCCAAAUAUUUUAUUCAAAUAACCUCAUCUGAGAAAUAUAAAGGUUUUAUUAUGAUAUUUAUCUAUUUUAACUUAAAAAUAGUAAUAUAUACUUAUCAAUAAAAGCGACUAUGUAAAAUAUUAUGAUUGUAAAAAUUGAAAAGUUAUUUUUGUAACAAUUAUUUAUUUAAUAUUUAAAUAUAUAUUAAAAAGUUAGUUUUUUUUUUAUAGAAUUUAAGUGAACUAAGUAUUAAGAUUUAAAUUGCAUUUAUAUUAUAAAUGUAGUCGGGUAAAUUUUACUGAAAUGUUAGAGGAUUAGGGCUGAAUUUUAUGGAAUAUACGAAUGAAUUUAAAAUAAAUAUCAUAAUAUGUCCUGAAAUAGAUUUGAACAUCAAAUUUACUAUAAUAUAACAUCUUGUAGAAUACUUAAUACUUUUACUUGUAUCACGUAUAAAAAGUACAAGUCGAAAACAAUACCAUAAAAAAUUAUAGAAAAAUUUAUCUAGAACCAAUUUUUUUGUUUAAAUGAUGUGCUUCAUUAAAAAAUAUUAUACAUCAAUUUCGAAGUUAAUUGAAAUAAAAUGUAUAACUAAAUUAAUUAACAUAUUAACUUAUUUUGUUUAUGUGAUAAUUUUUAGUUAUUGUAUAUAUUAGAAUUAUAUUUUAAUAUUAUUUAAAAUCUUUCAAAAAAUUAAACAAAAAAAAAUAUCCAGUCAAAUUAAAAAAUUCAGCAAACGUAUAAAAUUCUAUAAUGAAAGUAUAAAAUAAAUUUUAAAUAAAAAAAUUCCAUUUUACAUGAGUGUAUCUUCGAAUUUUUAAAAUACACUGCUGAAAAGUUUACUAUAUUAACAUUAGCCCAUUUUCUCUGAAACCAAUGAUUUCUUGAGUACUUUUUUGUUUUUUAAUGUUCAAUUAUGAUUUUAAAGGACAAAUAACUUGACAUUGACAGAUUUGUUUUCAAUAAUUUCUUUUCUCAAUCUUCACAUUUUAGUAAAUUAAUGUUUUAAAAUUCUACAUAAAAAUAAAAAAUUAAUUUAGAAAACUAAUGAUACAGAAUUUCUAAAGUAAUAUGCCUUAUCAUUGUACUCCAACAAGUUUUAAAUGUUUCCCAUAUAUGAAUAAGUACCUACUAAUAUACUCAGAAUAAGUAUUUUUAUAUUUGUAUUUCAUAAAAUAUUUAUAUAAAACUCAUUAUAGAAUGGUUUAUAUUACUUUUAUAAAAAAAGUUGUAAAAUCUUGAUAUUCAAAUGAUUCAAAAUAAGAUGAUUAUGCACAACUGAAUUUUUAGCAUACUCGCAUAAGUUGUCAAACAUACUCUCAAUUUAUAGAUAAGAAGUACAAUAGAAAUUUUAGUAAAAUGGCCGCUAAUAAAUAACUAAAUUUGACAGAUGGACUAGAUAUGUUUUUGACUUGGAAACUACUUUGCUGCUCUUUUGUCAAACAAAAUUGUAUAAACUACAAGGUCCGAACAUAAAAAAAACCAAAAUAAUUUUAGUUUUAUUUUUAUGAAUGUUGUUUUAAUAAAAAUGAAUCAUUCUUUAUUUAACAUA